UUGGCUAACCAACCGUCACUGACGGAAAUCCCUUAGAUUAUAUGGCUGUAUUAUAUGUAUGCGUUCUUUUUUAUUUCAUUAGUUUAUCUUUCUAAGACAGACACCAAAUGCCGUGUUUACAGACUUUUAAAGAACUAAAACAGGUCAAGUUAUCGAUACGUGAAAAGGAAGUGUGGUCAUGGCUUUCAGAAUAAAAGCCUCUUACGCGCAUAGACAUUGUUACGUGUUUUACGUAAAGUCUCGCUACUUCCGUUGCGUCACUGGCGAUCACAAUGACUUGACGCAGCUCUGCUUCAAAAAGCGGGUUUUUCACUUUCUCGUGCACGCGCUCUCUCAAUCACACACACACACAUACACACGUGCACGCACACGUACACACACACACACACACACACACACACACACACACACACACACACACACACACACACACACUAUUACUCACUCCUUUCUCUUUUCAAAAGCCCCUUGUGAAGCAGAUUGACAGGCUAGAAUGAAAAUGAGGCGGACGCUCGGUCACGACUUCAGUGCGUACGCGUCCUUUUGAGAAGACCUCUAAACUUGGAUCAUAUCACCAUGGGAGCUAUUUGGGCUGCAAGGGACUUUUGUUUGUUUUUGCUCUUGUUAAAUAGUCGCCAAAGCGCAGCGCUUCCAGAGAUUCGAGCAGAUCCUUGUGCCGAGGGAAGUGAUGGCUGUCACAUUGAUGCUAUUUGUCAGACUACCCAAGGCUCUUACAAGUGCACGUGUAAAGCAGGCUUUAAAGGAGAUGGGAAACACUGUGAAGAUAUAGAUGAAUGUGACUUGGAGUACAAUGGUGGCUGCGUACACGAAUGCAACAACAUACCAGGCAAUUAUCGCUGCACUUGCUAUGACGGAUUCAAUUUGGCACACGAUGGACAUAACUGUCUAGAUGUGGAUGAAUGCAAGUUCAACAAUGGAGGGUGCCAACACACUUGUGUCAAUACCAUGGGCAGCUAUGAGUGCCGCUGCAAAGAGGGCUUCUUCCUCAGCGACAACCAGCACACAUGCAUCCACCGCUCUGUGGAGGGCCUCAACUGUAUGAAUAAGGAGCACGGCUGUGCCCACAUCUGCAAAGAGACACCCAAGGGGGGCGUUGCCUGUGAGUGUCGUCCAGGGUUCGAGCUGGCCAGGAACCAGAGAGGCUGCAUCUUAACGUGUAACCACGGCAACGGGGGCUGCCAGCACACCUGCGAGGACACAGAGAAUGGUCCCAUAUGCAAGUGUCACGUCAGGUACACCCUGCAACCUGACAGGAGGUCGUGUGUAGAGCGAGAUGAAGCCACCACCGAAGCCUCAGACCAUAAUGCCACAUCCUUUACUGAGGUGGACAAACGGGUCAAACGGAGACUCUUAAUGGAGACCUGUGCUGUGAACAAUGGGGGGUGUGACUGCACUUGUAAAGACACAUCCACAGGCGUGCGCUGCAGCUGCCCUAUCGGCUUCACACUACAGCCGGAUGGGAAAACGUGCAAAGAUAUCGAUGAGUGUGAGCUUCAUAACGGCGGUUGCGAACACUUCUGCAGGAACACCAUUGGCAGCUUUGAGUGCAAUUGCAGAAAAGGUUUCAAGCUGCUGACAGAUGAACGUUCUUGUCAAGAUAUAGAUGAGUGUUUUUUUGAGCGGACAUGUGAUCACACGUGUGUGAACUCUCCCGGUGGUUUUCAAUGUCUGUGCAACAAAGGCUACACCAUGUAUGGACUGGCCCAUUGCGGAGAUAUAAAUGAAUGCAGUGUGAACAACGGCGGUUGUGAGCAGGGUUGUGAGAACACCAUGGGUGGAUUUGAAUGCUUUUGCCAUCUUGGUUAUAAGCUACACUGGAACAAAAAGGACUGUAUUGAGGCUGGGGGUUUACCACCUGCAAAACCCCCCUCUAAACCUACCUUGAACUGUAGUAAGCAGGAGGGAGGGGACCGCUGCUUCCUGACAUGCCAGUCCCAAGUUCAUUUCAGCAGUGGGACGGAGGAUUCCUACACUGUGACCUGUGGAAUGCCUUUGCCCUGCUUGGCUGACGCACAAAAGAACAACAGUGGCUCGCAUUGCUUAGGUCCAGAAAUGUCCAGUGUUCCACGCAUUAAGACCACAGCCACUUUCAAGUCUGGCACUACAAAGUGCAACUUAAAACGGAGUCAAGACAGACUCAAGGAGAGCUUGAACUCAGCACGCUCAGAUAGCAGGUUCCUCUUCACUGAAAAUGUCCAAUUCAGCUACGUGAGCCUCCGCUGCACCCCCUCCGGGCAGCGUCCACGCAGCCGCCACGGCAGGAGAGCAGGAGAGGAGGACGGCUCCUCCAUCACAGCUGAGUUUGAGCUGGAUGUGAACCUAGAGGAGGUAACAGCAGAGAGCUGUGACCUGAAUUGUGUGCGUCGACGGUCAGAGAAGAGGCUCAGGAAGACCAUCAGGACCCUGAGGAAGUCCAUCAACCGGGAACAGUUCCACCUCCACUUUGCCGGCUCCGACUACGAGCUCGCCAAGAGUCUGGGUCAGCCGGCAGAACUGCCAGGCCACUGUGUGGCGGGUCAGGUGCUGGUGGGCAGGAAGUGUGUGAGCUGCAGUGUUGGGACGCACUACGACGGCGAUCAGGGAAGGUGUGUUUUGUGCCCGGCGGGAACGUAUCAGGACGAGGAGGGACAGAUGUCUUGUGAGGUCUGUCCUGGACCUGAAGGAAGAGAAGUCUCCAAGGUGGUCGGGGCUCGAAACAUAUCAGAGUGUGGAGGUCAGUGUUCGCCAGGUCAGUACUCUCAUGACGGCUUCAUCCCCUGCCUGCCGUGUCCACUGGGAACAUACCAGCCAGAAGUGGGACGCACCACCUGCUUCCCUUGCGGAGGAAACCUGGUCACCAAGCGCAGUGGCGCCACUACUUUUCAGGAGUGUGAGACCAAAGUUCAGUGCUCCCCGGGACAUUACUACAACACCAGUACACACCGCUGCAUCCGCUGCCCCAUGGGCACAUAUCAAGUAGAGUUUGGUCAGAACUACUGUGUCGCCUGCCCUGGAAAUACCACCACUGAUUUUGAUGGCUCCACUAACAUCAUGCAGUGCAAAAACCGGCAGUGUGGCGGAGAGCUGGGAGAUUUUACCGGCUACAUCGAGUCCCCCAACUACCCGGGGAAUUACCCCGCCAAUAUUGAAUGCACCUGGACCAUCAACCCUCCGCCCAAACGCAGGAUCCUCAUUGUCGUUCCAGAAAUCUUCCUGCCAAUUGAGGACGAGUGUGGAGACUAUUUAGUCAUGAGAAAAAGCUCGCUCUCCAACUCCGUGACGACCUACGAGACUUGUCAGACAUAUGAACGCCCCAUCGCCUUCACCUCUCGCUCCAAGAGACUUUGGAUACAGUUCAGGUCCAAUGAGGGGAACAGUGGGAAAGGCUUCCAGGUCCCAUAUGUUACAUAUGAUGAGGACUACCAAGAGUUGAUAGAAGACAUAGUCAGAGAUGGGCGAUUAUAUGCUUCAGAGAAUCAUCAGGAAAUUCUGAAGGACAAGAAGCUCAUGAAGGCAUUGUUUGAUGUGCUGGCUCACCCACAGAACUUCUUCAACUACACAGCACAAGAAUCAAGAGAAAUGUUCCCUAAAUCCUUCAUCCGCUUCCUGCGCUCCAAAGUCCUGAGAUUCCUGCGUCCUUAGGAUGCACCGGUUGCCACACAGUAGCUUAGAUACUGGCCACAGUAUCUGUUUUAUCCACUCUCCAGUUUGAGAGUAUUCUGUAGUUAUCUGUUUUCACACGGACCGAUACGAGAGUGGACUGCACACCUGAUAAAACCGACCCCGAGGAGAAAGUAGUCAAAGAAGUGGACUUUUAACCGGAGCUUUAAGAGGGAGAAAAGUGGUGCAGAGCAUCCUCAAAUAGGCAUCAGGAUCUCUUCCCUUUGCCUGGAAAUGUGUUUAAUUAGAAGAAUUGUAAUGACUUUAUAACCUCCUUUAAAUUUUCAAGUCACCGUCUCAGGAUGCAAAUCCAAAGUGCUGGUCUGCCUAAUUAUGAUUUUGUUUGCUGAAGAGUCUUCUGCAUUUUCAUCUAAUGGUAUUCAUGUAUUUGAAUAUUGCUAAAUGCUGUACAUUCUAACAUUAUGAGACUUUUGCUUGUAGCGUGGUGAUGAGAAGCAAAUACGGUAGCUAAGCAAAUAUAUACUGAAUCUCAGUGAUACUGUAUAUAGAGUGUGUAUCUAGUUUUAACAUAGGCUACUUUCACAAGUAGAGUUGAACUGACAGAAAAACUGCUAAAUGAAAGAAAUGAUUAUAGCACGAAAUGUUUUCUAAGGAACAUUAGCACUACUAAGAAAGUAGUGGGACCACAAAAGCAAUUAUUCUAAUGAAUGUUUUGUAUAUGAUGUAAAAAGUUUUAGGUGAAAAACGCUACAAUGUCUGGUAGCGACUACAUGUUUGACAGUAUAGAAUUACUGCAGCUCCUGUUUCAGUGCUCGCAACUGUCCUGAAAAACCUUUUCAGAUUCCAAAAAUAAUGGAUUGUGGCUUUUUAUACAUUCAUGACACAACAACCGCUCCAUCUAAAUGACACCAGUGUGCAUUAAUUUCUUUUUUUUGUUUGUUUUUUUUAAUUGUGAACCAACAACCAAAGACAGCUGUUCACUCUGCUGAGAAUUGAGGACAAAGGAAUGAUGUGUUUUUGAGUAACAGUGAUAUCAGAGGUCAGAAUAAAUGAAAAGUCUUGUAAAAUAGAAUUGAGCUAUUCACCUGUCUUAGAUGAUACAUGUAUGUAUAUUUUUUAUGGUUUUGUACAUCUAAUAUGCUGUAAAUAAAGAUAGGAAAC